UCAUUCGGGCCAAAGUGAAGGAGGUAAAGACUAAAUGUCAUGACGUCACUGCAGUAGUGGAAGUAAAGGAGAUCCUAAAAUCUUCCUUGGUGAACAUCCCAAAGGACACUGUAAACCUUCACACAAACUCUGGCUGCCUGUGCCCACCGCUCAGCGCCAAUGAAGAGUACAUCAUUAUGGGCUACGAAGAUGAGGAGCGCUCCAGGUUACUCUUGGUGGAAGGCUCCAUAGCUGAGAAAUGGAAGGAUCGUCUUGGUAAAAAAGUAAAGCGCUGGGAUCAGAAGCUCCGCCACCUCGGAAAGGGGAAGGGAGAGCCCGGACACAGCGACUCUGCUCCGAAACCCGGCAAACCCAGCAGUGCCCGACAAGGACGUAGUUAG